GUUUCUUCUCCACCUCUUAUCCUUUAAAUGCCACCCUUUGGUUUUAUCGCUUCCAAUCUCCAUAGCCAUCUUCCACAAUUUCUCUCUUGCCGCAAAAUCUUUUCAGCCCUACUGUUAUUAUAGCAUAAUUUCAGUGAACAUGGCCGCCGGCAAAACUUCCCAUCGACGGCUCAAAAUAUGCUGCGCUGUAACGGUAGUUUUGUUAGUUAUCAUUAUAGUUGUUGCCAUAGCCUUGGCCUUCACCAUCUUCAAGCCUAAAGACCCCAUAAUCACCCUCCACCCGGAAGGCCUCCAAAACAUUACUUCUGGGUUUUCAAUGUUUAUGAAUUCAACAGCGAAUUUCACCUUCACCACCGUCAUCUCAAUUGAGAAUCAAAACUAUGGCAGCUUCCUGUUCAAAAAUACUACUGCUUAUGUCAACUAUCAUGGGGAUUUGGUCGGGGAAGCUCCGAUCGCGGGACGACACGUGCCGGCCCGAGACAAGCUUAACUUGACAACCUCUGUGAGUCUUGUUCCCCGUAGGCUGCUGGAUAAUUCUCAGUUUUUUGGUGAUCUUGCAGCUGAGCGCUUCAAUUUGACUUCAACAGCUACUUUGCCUGGGAAAGUGAGUUUGCUUAAGAUCUUCAAGCUGCAUGGCACGGUUAAUAAUAGGUGUAACAUCUCUAUUUUCGUUCAUUCUGGGAGUGUUGAAUCCAUAUGCCAGACCAAACUCAAGUUAUAAUUGUUCUUGGUCUGCUUAUGUUUUCUCAAUUCCCUUAUACAGAUUAGAUUUUCUUUUUCUUUUUUAUUUUCUCUUAAGAAUUCUCGACCUGCGGUUUUUCGACUGCCGGUCAACUGUACUUUAAUAAUAUGCUUAUGCUU